AUGGGUGCAAGGCGUUUGCACUUAAAUCAGAAUAUCAGAAGAAGGAAAACCGACUCCAACGCUUCAAUGAUUUGGAAUCCGCACACUGGAAGGAUUGUGCGUGCAAGGGAUGUUUUGUUCAACAAGAAGGUAGUUUUCAGCGGAAAGAAGGAGGAUCUUGAGGAUGACCUUUUAUAUAUGACUAUUAAGGAAAUCACUCAACUGCUAAACAAAGUGGACCUCAGCGCACAGCAGGAUGUUUCAGGAACUGAUGAUAAUGUUAUCACUGAUAUAGAUGAUGUAAUUUUUGACGAUUCUAGGCACAGUGACGAAGAUAUUAAUAUGACCAGCUCAGCAAUUGGUUCUGGAUUAGAGGAUCUCAAUCAACCUGAAUCUAAUCUAACCGGCCCAACUCUGGCGCCAGGAGAAGGCUUGUUAGAAGGGAUUGAUAAAUAUGCUUACCCUACACCUCCAAAUACACCUCCAAGUGCAUUGUUGGCAGGUAGCAUAACUAUCGUUCAAGAAGAUGACCUUACCUUCCUCCGUCAAAGCUCUAAGCUUGGAGCUGGCAAGUCAACUGGCGAGGCAGGUGCAACAAGUACUCUUGUCCAGGAAGCAGUCUCUAGGGCAAGUGCAACAAGUACUCUUGGAGAUGUAGGCAAGGCUAGGGCAACAAGUCCACUUGCUGAAUUCGGGGCAAGUGCAACAAGUACUCUUGAUCUGCGUGACACCAUGAGAAGCUCACGACGCAAUCAUAGCAAGCUACCAAUCGCUGCUGCUUUAACAACGCAAUGA